AUGAAUGCCUUUGUCGUAGCUGCGAAGUGUCUUAAGAUUGCCAUUGUUCACCAGACGAAGCUAUAUCAAGACAGCCGCCAUUUGACCAAUCUCGUCUCAAUAUCCUGCAAUAUUCUUUCAUCAAGUCCGCAGCACAACCUACACGACCGACAAACUCUCGAGCAGGUCUCAGAUCAGUCGUACAACCAACCAAUAAGACAAGAGGCCCAAACGUGGUCUCUUUGUGCCUUCAUAGGCUGCAAGUCCGUCGCCCAGCGCAUCGUUGGCGACUGCGGAGAGUGUGGCAAGGAGUUCUGCUCUAUCCACCGCAUGCUCGAGUCCCACGAAUGUGUCGGUAUAGCCAAUGCCGCUGCCAGUGCGGAGGCUCAAAACACCGCUAAGCUUGAGGGCGAGGCGACCAAGUACAACAAGGUCGACCGUGACUAUGAGUGGUGCAUGAAUAAGAUGAGUGGCGCCAAGGGCUUUGGUGAGGACAAGCAGUAG